AUGACGAAACGAAAAGGCAAGCGAGGCGGCAAGAUCAAACAGUUCAAGACGCCUCCAGUUGAUUCUGGCCCGUCGACGAGUUCGUGCCGCAACACCACCGUUGGCCAGCGAAACCUCCCCCCCGAGAGGGGGAGCGGAGGCACGACGACGCCGGCUUCGAACCAGUCUUUGCAAAAGUACGACAUUGUGUUGUCCCAAAAGCACCUUGCGGAAAGAGGCUUUCACCCCGCCGUCACGGACGAAACUCGGGAGCAGCUUCUCGGAAGCUACAUGCAGACAGUGGCCAGAUACACCAAGAAACGGCCCUCUCGGAGCUUCUACCUCGACGGAGGAGCGGGCUUUCGCGGUGUGGUCGUCUCUCAAUCCCGCAACCUGACCAGGGCGUUUCUCACCUUCCGGGACUGUUUCGCCAAGGAGCGCGUCGAUGCGAACCUAGACAAGGUGCCUACUAAGAACAAGCUCUCUCGGCUUAUCAAUUUCGGUGAUGUGGGAGGAUUCAUCUCCGAGCACAUCUUCGCCACCGGAUUAGGCACUGUCCAUCGGGCCGCGAUGGCGUCGACGGAGACCUGGGACGCCAUAUUCACCAGCGCAAAAAUUUGGGAUUUCUUUGCCGGCGAGCUGCUUGAGAACGGACCUGCUCGAGUCUUCAUAGCUCUGGCACCCGAGUACACGAUUGGAGAGUUCCGCUACGCCGAGACGUACGAUCCGUACGGGCAAGACGCCGACAGCCCCUUGGCGAGCUGGUUUUCCGAAGCAAUCACGACCGAAAAGGACAUUUACUUUUCCAUUCAGGUCUUGCAUCGCCGUCUCAGCAAGAAACGUCGCCACAAGCCCAAGCUCGGCCCGCUGACUGAGAGCCUCGUCGCACUCACGCGGUGGCUAACGGACGUGAAGCACCUGCAAGCUUCCAGCCAGUUCAUCUCCGGCCCCAUGGCCCAGGUUUUUGACCCUCCUGCGAAUUUUGCCGUCAAGCGACUGAGGCUCCUGCUGAAGGGCAUCUUCGAGCGCCGAAAGUCGCUCAAGGUGUUGUAUUUUCAAAAGACACCCUACCUAGACCGCCGGAUGCUUGCCAUCAUCCUAAGAGCAUGCACAAACGUUCAGAUGUUGGCUGUGUACAACUGCCCCCUGAUCCACUUUGGAGACGUCAUUUGCCUCCUAGAUCUCAUUGCCGAGGUCAACGCGAGCAGAAGAGCGGCCGGCUUUCCGACCAUCACCGCGUUUGACUUCUUCCCCCGAUACCAUGGCGGCAUGCCCUUUCACGACGAACGGGCGCAGACAUACGGCCUGACUUGGGGUCCUCAAUGUCUGGAGACUGUCCAGCGGGGAUUCUUCUGCAUCGUUUUCAAGGCCUUCAUGAAAGCCAAGGCCAUGAACUUGGAUCUGCUCUAUACCAAAGGAAACGCCUUUUGCAAUUUUCUGUACAGAAUUCCAAACUACUCCCUGGCCAUUCCUACUUUCCUAGAUGCUCUUCACCGUCUUCUGGACCUUUCUAAACACCGUCGCCCGUCCACACAAGAUCGCAAACGGCUUUUAUAUGAUCUUCUCAAGCCGGUACGCGUUGGGCUCGAGGAGCGCAUGGAUCACGACUGGCCGCACUGGUACACGAUGAUCAUGGGCGAUUGCCUCUUGUUCUGUUCCUCAUGCGGCUACGAAACGGUUCAGGAGUUUUUCACAGCACACGCGCGAGAUAUGCUGCCGCACAGACGGGUGUGCGCCGGCUGCUUGUUGCAGUACAAGCUGGACGACGAGGACGACCACCUGAAGGGCGAGAAAAAGUCCAUCUUGACGGAGCUCUUUCCUGGGUGGAACGAUCGUGCAUUCAACCCGGAUGCGCCCCUCGCGCCGGCCGCCCGGGGGCUCAUGAACCUCAUAUCGACAUGCGCCACGCCUGGUCCACUGCCCGGCCCCAUCAUCGACGGCGACGGCAACCUCUACCAGCCUCGGUAUGAGCUGCCGUUCGUCCGAAACAACAAGAUGAAUAUGGACAGUUUGCAAAACCUUCCGUCGCUGGACGAUCUCGUCACGAACCCCAGGUUUGACAAGCUGUGGUUGGUUGUCGGCCACAGGGGCAACUGCUUGGACAUGUACUCUCGACUCGUCCGGCGUCUCCGGGACGAGAAUGCCCAGGUUCCACACUAUGGUGUGAUGAAACCCAUCGCGGAGGCUAGGAGUGACGGAGCCAUGCCUGAUCACGUCGAGGAGCGUCAGCCUCGACCUGUCCCGGGUCAGUAUCGACUGAGUCGAAGUUUUGCCGACAUCAUCGCGCUCGAGACCAAGGCAUUCAACUUGGGAGCACUGAUGGGGGCACAGGCAGGCUCGGGCCCAAGUCCCUCCAUGACCGUGUUGCGUCCCUUCUUUGGAGGCCACUUGAACAGCGGGCUGGCUCCGCCGCUGGGGAUUCUCGCUGGCGGAUUGGUGCAGCAAACGAGGGGGAUGAAGGUUCACAGCGCGGUGAAGAAGAGAUGCGAGCACUGCAAGGUCGUCCGACGGAAAGCCGGCAAGCGACACAACGGUUACCUGUACAUCAUAUGCAAAGCGAACCCGAGACACAAGCAGCGACAGAGCUGA